AUGGCUAACUAUCUUGCCUCGAUUUUCGGUACCGAGCAAGACAAAGUCAACUGCUCCUUCUACUACAAGAUCGGAGCUUGUCGUCACGGCGAUCGCUGCUCGCGAAAACAUGUCAAGCCUUCAUAUUCGCAGACCAUCUUAUUGCCAAACCUCUACCAGAACCCAGCAUACGACCCGAAGAAUAAGAUGAACCCCAGCCAGAUCCAGAACCACUUUGACGCUUUCUACGAGGAUAUCUGGUGUGAGAUGUGCAAAUAUGGCGAGAUUGAGGAGAUUGUUGUCUGCGAUAAUAACAAUGACCACUUGAUCGGUAAUGUCUACGCCCGUUUCAAAUAUGAAGACUCUGCGCAAGCAGCAUGCGAUGCGCUCAACUCCCGAUGGUACGCCGCGCGACCCGUGUAUUGCGAGCUAUCGCCCGUCACAGAUUUCCGAGAAGCAUGUUGUCGGUUAAACAGCGGCGAGGGAUGUGUUCGAGGCGGUUUCUGCAAUUUCAUCCACCGCAAAGAGCCGACACCAGAACUGCAACGAGAGCUGGAUCUUGCAACGAAGAAAUGGUUGAAGGAACGCGGUCGAGACGAGCGUAGUGUUAGCAGAAGCCCUAGCCCCGAGCCGACUCGCCGGAGAUAUUAG